AUGGAUUCUCUGCCUUAUGCAAACUCUAUCACUGCUGGCCUGUUCACAGUAAUCAUCGUGUUCUAUUACUUAUCUCGAAGAUGGAGAGCUUCCAAUCACGAGGGCAAAUUAUCACCACCAGAAGCCAAGGGUGGAUGGCCUAUAUUUGGUCACCUUCAUUUGUUCGGAGGCCCCACACCUCCUCACAUAACUUUGGGAGCCAUGGCGGACAAGUACGGACCCAUUUUCACUAUCCGCCUUGGCGUCCAACCGUCGUUGGUGAUAAGCAGCAGUGAGAUCGCAAAAGAAUGCUACACAACCAAUGACUUGAGCAUACUCGGUCGCCCAAAGAUGGUGGUUGCAGAUCACGUUACCUACAACUAUGCCAUGUUUGCGUUCGGACCACCUGGACCCUAUUGGCGACAAAUUCGCAAGAUCGUUACCUUGGAGUUGCUCUCAGUCCGGAAGGUUGAGCUGCUCAAGCACAUUCGAGUGUCGGAAGUGGCUACUUUCUUAAAAGAAUUGCACGACCAUUGGACGGUUUUCGGUGGCUGCCACUGGGGGGAUGAGAGAAAAGAAGCGCGUAGGGUUCAGACUGCAUUGAGGGAGUUCUUUGAUUAUCUGGGCAUGUUUUUGGUGGGUGAUGCGGUUCCUUAUCUGCGGUGGUUGGAUUGGGGUGGACAUGAGAAGGCAAUGAAGAAAAGUGCAACGGAAAUGCACGCCAUUAUUGCAGAGUGGCUUGAAGAGCAUAAGCAGAGGAGAGCAAAAGGUGAUGCAAAAGGAGAAAAGGACUUCAUAGAUUCGUUGCUUUCUGUGCUUGAUGGUGCGGACCUUGGCAGUUUCGAUGCUGAUACGAUCACCAAAGCCACAAGCGUGAAUAUUAUUGCAGGAGGUGGCGACACCACCAUGGUGCCAUUGACGUGGGCAAUAUCAUUAUUGGUGAACAACCCUCAAGUUUUGAAAAAAGCUGUAAACGAACUGGACACCAAAAUAGGCAAACAAAGAGUUGUGAGUGAGGAAGAUAUAAGCAACUUGGUCUACAUCCAAGCUAUUGUAAAGGAGACGUUACGUUUGUACCCAGUAGGACCAUUAUCAGGGCCGCGUUUAUUCACCGAAGAUUGCACCAUUGCUGGCUACCAUAUCCCAAAGGGCACCCGGUUGAUCCCGAACUUCUGGAAGAUCCAAACUGACCCGAAAAAUUGGCCUGAGCCAUUCGAGUUCAAGCCAGAGAGAUUUCUUACCACACACAAGGAUGUUGAUCUGAAGGGUCGGCAUUUUCAGUUUCUUCCUUUUUCAAGUGGUAGAAGAUCAUGUCCUGGUUUGGCAUUUGGUCUUCAACUGGUGCAAUUUACAUUGGCUAGUUUUCUGCAUGCGUUUGAAAUCUCAAACCCGUCGAGUGCACCAAUUGAUAUGACAGAGAGUUUUGGAAUAACCAACGUUAAGGCAACUCCACUCAAUGUUCUCAUCAAACCUCGUUUAUCUUCUGAACUUUAUAAAUAAAAGAAGAAAAUACAGAAUAUUAUGUGUACGAUAUGAAUAAGAGAUUUUCGUUGUUAUUAGUUAUGUAUAAUUAUGUGUCCAUCUUUGUAAUCGUAAAAUCAAUAAAUCAACUGCCAAUGUAAGAUACAAAACCUAGCAAUAAUGGGUGUUUGAGAAUGGGUAUAUUUAGCAAUAAAAAAGUACCCCAAAAAAGCCUCUAUUUACAUUUUCAA